AAUUCAUCAACAAUGAAAAAUAAUGAAUCCAAUAAUGACAAAUGUUGUGAUGAUUACAUUUAUAUGAAUGAGAAUUUUCCAGUCCCAUUAGAUGCAAUAGAAUUGUCCGAUAAUAAUAAUGAUAAUAAUCAUUAUACAAUUAAUUACACAAACUAUGGAAUUGACACAUUUCCAUCGCCUAUAUGCUUUGCUUACAUUGCACACUUGUUUACUUUGAUUAGUGCAAUUCUUGACCAGCCAAUAAUUUAUCCUAAAGAUUUUCUUGAAAUUUAUCCUAAAUUAAAAUUAGUGGAUAUUUGUACUCGUGAUAUUUCUCAGUCAGAUCGUUGCCUGGCAAUGUGUAUACUAAAGCGUAAUAUCUUCUCUUUGGGUUCAAGAUUUAAUUUGUAUUUAACACCAGAAGCUCAUGCGUUGUAUAACUUGAAGUACCUAUUUGACCACUUCCAGAAUAGUGAGUCAAAUUUAUUGAAAAAGAUAAAUCAACAUGAAAUUGUCGGUUUUGUAUAAUUAAUUUUCUUCUAAAAAAUAAAAUACAAUGUAAACUUUUCUUGAAUUAUUGAUUAUGGUAACAAUUUUAUUAUUGACUGUGAACAUAAUGACCCUAUUCUCUUUUUUUAUUUUAAUAUAUUUUGUAUUUGUUAAAGUGCAUUAAGCAAUACAGAUUGUUGUUGACAGUGUGCUUUUGUUUGUUAACAAAUAUAAAUCAUAUGAAUAAUUGAUAUGUAUAUAAAUAGAAGGUCAUAAUAUUCAUA